AUGAAGACUUUCAAAGCUCGCUCCAGCGGAAGUGACGCUUUUGAAAGCCCGCGGCUGGCAACCAAGGCAACAAACUUUCAAGAACGCCCAGAAACUUUUCUUGGCAGUGGCCUUUCUCCGAAGAGCCCUUUCGGCAGUGGCAAGAGUGAUGUGAUCGGCACCUCUCAACCCACACAACGCUCAGCCUUGCCUGAGCCACAGCCGCAAGACACCAACCUCAGCUCUAUGAUCGAGGACCAAAGCCCUUGGAUGGGUGCCGUGGCAACAGGCCGGCUCCCCUGUGCCAACCUAGCUCUUCCAAGCUGGGUCAGCACAGGGGAGGGGGGCGAUUUUGCCCGCACCAUUGCGCCCUGGGUCAUUUGCCCCCCUGUUCCCGUUGUAGAUACGCCACUGCUUUCAGGAGGAUGGCAACUCUAUCGGGAGAAUCCUAUACAAGUGGUGCCAGUUCCCAGGAACAGACCCAACGUCGCCAGCUGUAGAAAACGGCUCCCCCUUCCCGGCGCUAAGCCAGCCGUGCAUUUACUCAAGAGCUGCAACAGUACCGCCUACCAUAUAGAAGAUGCGAAUGAAGACACCAUUGGAGUCCUCGUCCGCCUGAUCACGGAGAAAAAAGAGAAUGCUGCCGUCCUGGAGGAGAUGCUGAAGGAUUAUCACAGCAAACAGCUCAUGCAAGCAGCUUACAAGCCUGUGAACAAGUUGCAGCUCCUGCCCCAGAUUCCCCACAUCUGCCGGCACCAGCAUCAUCUUCACACGGUGCAGGGAUUAUCCGCCCGUCCGGGCCUCACCUGCACCCGCUGCAGCCAGAGGAAAUGGCCGGAGGUGCUGCUGUCCCCAGAAGCAGCUGCCGCGGCCGCUGACCCCACCAGUGGCACCAAGCCCGCGAAACCAGGAAGCAAAGCUGGCCGACCAGCAGAAAUUACCCUCCUCUCCGUGGGCAGGUUCCGUGUCGCCCGUAUCCCGGAGCAGAAGCCCAGCCCCUCAGAAGUGAAAACCAUCUCGGAGAGCGCCGGGUCUGAGCUGGCCGACCCCCUCUACGCCUGCCUAGUUCCAGAGCAAAAAACGCUGGUUGGAAAUAGCACGAAGCCCAAAUGGAUUACGACGGGAGAUGGCCAACAAGAGGUGAUCAUCUGACUCGGCUGGUACGUGCCACACCUGGAACAAGCAUCUUGAUUGGAGGUUUCCAGCCAAGCGCAGGCAGGGCGACACGCAAGGCGAAGGAAGACUGUUUCCCCCCCAUCCCUUGAACGUUGUAGGGCAGGUCCCCAUGGAUAAUGCCCCACCCCCGUGCCAGCAAGGGGGACACUCUAGACUACAUGCCUGACAUUGCAAUGACUCUUUUGCCUUUCUGGAGACAGGACUUGAAGAAAAGAGACCAGAAGGGAAAGCUUUCUGCCGCCAAACUGGAACAUCGCUACACGUGCUUUUGUUUACACGAGCGGGACUCGGCGCCGUCCCUCCAGCUGGGGUCUCGCUGGCUUCUGAACUGUGACGAGUAAGGGGGAGUUUACCAGAGGCAGCCCCGUGGGGCCAAAUUUGACUAAGGGGAACAAGGAAGCACGGACAAGUAAGGAGGCGACCCGCCCCCCCCCCCCAGCUUCCUGGACUUGAUGAAAUCUUUUAGGUUCGUCGCACCCUUUCUUGAAGGAUCUCAGGGCGGCAUGCCCGUUCCUCUCCUUUUGAUGUUAUCACAACAACCCUGUAAGGUAGGUUAGGUUGCCAGAGGGUGGGAUCACCCUGUACGUUUUCACGGCUGAGGAGCGAUUUACACUCAGGUCUACCGGAAUCUAGUCCAGCGCUCCAAGGCCUAGACUACCCUGGCUGUCUUCAUGGAACGUUUCGUUGUAUUUACUUUUCUGUUGGCGAGGAAGUCUCAUUUUCCCAGCAUUCAUAAGGCUGGGUGUAGUUGCAAUUCAUCGCACCAAAAGCUCCCUCGUUCUGAAGGUCAGGAUUGGAAAUUUUCACCCGUACCUCCCUAGCCAAGUGUAAAUGCUUUCGCAUAUCCCAAACCCUAGCAGAAAAACCCUGCUAGAUCAGGAAAAAAGGCCCGUCUAGUUCUGAAUCCUGUUUCCUAUAGCACCCCCUUUCCCAUAGGGACCCUCUCUCUAUAUUUCGCCCCCCAGUAACUGGUACUCUGAGGUACGCUGCUUCUAAACAUGGGGUUUCCACUGCACUGUCUUGUCCAAGACUUACUGGUGGGCUCAUUCUCCAGGAAUUUGUCUAAUCCCUAUUUAUGCAAGACCAGGAACGUAAUUGGGGUGUUGCGUGGUUUCCGGGUUGUA